ACUUGACCACGUCGGAUGGUUCGCUUCACUUUUUUCCGUCGCUCCGGUCACUUUUGACCUAUCUACUUUGACCGUCGCUUCUUUGGCAGCGGAGCGGAGCGGAGCGGAGCGGGGAGGGAUAGAACGGAGGCGUGUACCCGGCCAGACGAGACGAGACGUCCGGUGCCCGUUGUGUCGGUGCCGGCCGGUUCGGCUGUUGCUCGGCUGUUGGGGCUUCAGGUGCGCACACCUGCAACGUGUUGCGAUGAAGCCUCCCAUCAGCCAAUCGGACUGCGGCCGAGCGGACGGGCGCGCUCCCAGGCCCAAGAGGGAACGGAAAGAGCGCAGCUACACCACGUGCGACGUUUGCAACAUCCAACUCAACUCGGCGGCGCAGGCGCAGAUCCACUACGACGGCAAGACGCACAAGAGGAGGCUCAGGCAGAACGGCGACGGAGGCAAGACGGCAAACGGCGCAGGACAAGGCGGGCCGCUGGUGGCCUCGCUGUCCGUGGCGGGACGGCCGCUGCAGCAGCCCCGGCUGGACCUGAAGCACCUGCUGCCGUUCCGUCUCAACGGCUCGUCGCCGCUCAGCCUCUUCCCCAACUUCAACUCGAUGGACCCUGUGCAGAAGGCGGUGAUCAAUCACACCUUUGGCGUCCCGCAGCCCCUCAAGAAGAAGCAGAUCAUCUCCUGCAACAUUUGCCACCUGCGCUUUAACUCCACGAACCAGGCGGAGGCUCACUACAAGGGCCACAAGCACACACGCAAGCUCAAAGCCAUGGAGGCGCAGAAGAACAGGCAGCGGCGGGCCGGCGAAGCCGCGGCCAGGGAGCGGGACCGGACCGAGAUGGCGGACGUCGCAGCCACGCCCCCUGCUGCCGCCGACCCCGGCUCAGAGGAGGGAAUAAGUCUUCAGUCAGACUCCCCGGACGUCAAAACAGAGGAGAGCUCGGCCGCGCCGCCGUCGGACGUGGCGGCCGCCGAAGCGGCGCCGACCUUGCGGCUCUCGCCGACCUUGAGGCUCUCGCCGACCUUGCGGCUCUCGCCGACCUUGCGGCUCUCUGACACGGCGGCGGCGGCGGCGGCGGCGGCGGCGGCUAACUCCGCCGCUCCAGAGGCGGCCGAGGGCUCGAGAGGCCGGACGGACUCGUCCGGCGCCGACGGAGAGGCGCGGGCGGACGAGGAGGGCAAGAAGAGCAAAGCGCACCUUCACUGUCCCGUCUGCAAAGUGACCAUGAACUCGGCCUCGCAGCUGGAAGCCCACAACAGCGGUACAAAACACAAGCUGAUGCUAGAAGGUCAAAGCGUGCUGCCCCGCCGCCGCGGCAAGAUGGCGGCGGCCCGCGCCAGCUAUAAGAGCAAGCGGCUGGCGAGCAAAAGCAGCGUGGGCGUCACCAACAAGAGCUUUCAGUGCCAAGUGUGCGAGAUCUUUGUCAACUCCGAGACGCAGCUCAGCCAGCACAUGAACAGCAGACGGCACAAGGACCGAAUGGCCGGAAAACCGCCCAAGCCCAAAUUCAGCCCGCACAGCAAGGGCCAGCAGCUCAGCUUAGCGAGCAUGCGAUGGAACGGCUGUGCGGGCGCGACUGUGUCGGCCAUGAAGAAAGCUUUGGGCAGCUACGGCCUGGCCUCGCUCUCCUCGCAGACCAAACUGGCCUUGCAGAAGCAGCUGACCAAGAGCUUGGCCGCGGGCUUCCUGCCCGGCCCCCUGGCACCGCCCACCCUCUGCACGCUUGCCGCCAACCCGCUGGCGCUACGCCCCCCAAUGGGCGCCGCCGCCUUCAUACAGACGCCCUUCCUGGGGCCGGCGCUUUUCCGGCCCGCUCCGGGUCCUCUGCGGCCCGCGCACGCCCCCAUCAUUUUUUCCCCCUACUAAUGCCCUCCCCUCCCCUCCCC